AUGAGGACGUUCACCCUUUUACUGGGCUGCUUACAGGCAGCGAAGCUAAAAUUUCAAGAGAAAACGGACUUUUCUUCUUACCCAGAAUUCAGCGACUGCGAUAACUGCGCAUCAGUCGUGCAAACUGUCGAUGGAUUGACGGUCAAAAGCGGAGUUUUGGACAAAACUGCUAUUGCUUAUGGGACUUAUGAUGAUACUCUCAAUACAACCGGAUGGGGUGUCUUGAACAUCCAUGCUCACUCCACGAAAGCCGGCGAAUUUCCAUCAACCGUCUUUUGGGCCGCGGGUCUUUUAGAGGGGUACUUCACUGCAGAGCGUAUCAAGCAAAAUGCUCGAAAUAUGGAAGCGUAUUGGAACUUCAGUGAAGAAAAACUCCCGGUUCUCCAGAAAUUCUUUGAAGAUCAAGCUGCCUGGGCUCGAAAUACAUCAGAAUAUAACAUGAAGGAUCCGUACUGGCUGAAUGUGGCGAAUGUCAUGCAACAGUUCGAGGGUCUCCACGCGGGAGUUCAAUUAGUCGACCCAACCAUUACUCGCUGGGAUGUCACGAUGCUGAACGGAAUCGGCGAUCUCAUCGAUCUCGAACGAGCUCUGUUUCCGAAGAGUAGGCCGGACUUGAACGACAUGACGGAGGAGCAGCUCACCCGCUUGGAGCAAAAAUCUGGCCACUGUUCUGCUCUCGUUCGCGUUACACCUGGCUUCGAGGACAUGUUCAUGGGACACUCUUCUUGGUUCACUUAUUCUGCAACUAACAGAAUCUUCAAGCACUACACAUUCGACACGAAUGAACCUUCUAUUGCCGCAACAUCGAUGAGCUUUAGCAGCUAUGCUGGAUACUUGGAGUCUUUGGAUGACUUCUAUGUUUUAUCCUCUGGACUUGUCAUGCUUCAGACGACGAUCAACUGUCUGAACUCUUCUCUUUAUGAUCUUGUUACACCAGAGAGUCUUCUCUCUUGGCAGCGAGUUCGCGUCGCCAACCACAUGGCUACAUCGGGCAAAGAAUGGGCUGAUUACUCAAUGCGAUACAACUCUGGAACAUACAACAACCAGUACAUGAUCAUCAACAACAAUCUUUUCAAACCCAACGAGCCUCUCGCUGACGAUCUUCUCUGGGUAAUUGAGCAGAUGCCUGGCCACGUUGGAGCCGGAGAUCAAACCGACUAUCUUCGAAUGGGCGGUUACUGGCCAAGCUACAAUGUUCCUUUCUACCCUGAGAUUUACAAUAUCUCUGGCAAUGCAGCUGCUGCGGCUCAAUUCGGCCCAGAAAAAUCUUACGAGCUCGCUCCUCGUGCUAAAAUUUUCCGACGAGAUGCUGGCAACGUUAAUAAGUUCCAAGAGUUCCAAGAUAUUCUACGGUAUAAUGAUUACCUCAACGACGAGUUUGCGAACGGUGAUCCUUGGAAAGCAAUUUGCUCUCGAGGUGAUUUGGCUUCCGAGCCAUCGCCGAGCGGAUGCUACGAUACGAAGGCCACAACAUAUGAAAAAGCUCUUUCUAUGGAGUCAUGGGCACUUUCCGGUCCGACUCUUUCGCAUGGUCUCCCUAAAUUCUCUUGGAAGAAUUUUAAGAACAAUCCUCACGAAGGACUGCCAGAAGAAUUCGCUGAUAUUUUUGUUCACAUGAAGCCUUCUUUAUAA